AUGGACAAGGCUGAGAAGAGACAAUGGAUGCAGUCGGUGGACGGGAAAAUCCGAGUCGGGCCCAUGUACCAGGCCAUGAUUCCGCCCUUUUGCAGAGCGGGGGACGCGCAGAAACGUGGCCACUGCGAGUCGUCAGUGCACGAAAGCAUCUCUGGCGGGCAGCAUCUUGCCUCAGGCAUUGCUGUGGCGGAGCACACGGGCGACAAGGUCGUUAAGGUGCAGCAGGUUUCCCAAGGCAAGAUGAAAGUGCAUUCGCAGUAUUUGGUUGCCGAAGACUUUCUCAUAUCGCACUGA